UGGGCGGGGUCUUGGCCGAGGACUCCGUUGCUAGGGCUCCUUAGCAACGCAAAGAGAGGCCUGCGUUGAGCUCAAGAUGGAGAAGGGAAUGAGGCGCUGAAGGGCCCCAGAAGGCCAUGGCUCCCACGCUGUGCAAGAAAGGGCCACAGCCAGCCCGUACAUAUGAAGAAUUUUUACUCUCUAAUAACUUGGACGAUUGGCCAAGAUUUCCCUACAUGCAGGACCUGGACACCCACCCUUUAUUUACUCAGUUAAAGAAUGACUAUCCGUUGAACACCCUCACUAAACACCUUCGUGACCAUGUUCCACUGGUCACUGACACCAUUUCCAACUUAGAAAAAAAGGUUCAUGAAUGCAAAAUAAAAGUACACGAACAUGCUAAACACAUAUUUAACCUAGAAUCUGAAAUAGAUAACCAAGGGCUAGACACAGGUUCUGAAUUACAGGACAUGAAGAAGAAGAAGAAAGUUAAGGUUUCUGCAGAUGUCAAAAAAGACUCCCGUUGUAAAACAGUUGAGAAUUUCAAGUUCCCUGGUUUUCACCUACAGAAACUCACAAAGCUCCCAAACAAUCUAGAAGCUGCACAACUCUGGGAUUUGGUUCUAAAAGUUCAAACUUUCAAGAGUGUAUACGUAAAGGUUUUGAAGACGUUAUUUUUCUCAGACGCAUCUCUUGCGAUUUUACAGGAUUGCUUUUGGUGGUUGUUUCUUCAUAAAUUCAAGCCUGAUCAAGAUGAACAGGAUCACUUUUUUGACAGAAUAUCAGACAGCUUUGUGACGCUUCUGUUGAGUACUCCCAAUUACAUAAAGGAUCCUUUCUUUCAGAUGUAUCCUGACUGCUUGUCACAAACCAUAUAUGUUACUUUUUGUGAAGCUUUUCCUGAUUCCCACAAGCAUUUUAAUGAUGAGUUUAAAGAAGAAUUGAUGGAUUUGGUUUUCCAAUGGAUAAGAGGUUUUAAGCCGCGAAAAGAUGCUUGGAAGGAAUGGAAAAUAUGGUUGUUGGGAAACAUGCAAAAAGAUUCCUCCCAUCAGUUAUCACGUGAGAAAUUUCUUCAAACAUCGUCAAAAUCGCACUCUUCAAUGUUCCAGAGCUCGGACAGAAUUCAGCAGGAAUGCAGUAAUCUCAAGGAAAGAGCACCCGGGCCAGUGCGGUUUCAGUUGGGAAAGGAAGUCCCCAAGAAAAAGCCAAAGAAAGAAAAGAAAGAAAAGAAAGAGUCUCAUUAUAUUGGGGAUGGGCCAGACUUCCAGCGUUCGCUAUUCAACCUUGGUGGCCAAAGUCCACUCGUCCUGUAUUAUUUUAAGAUGCAUGGAAUUGGCAAUUCUUUAGCGAACAGUCGGGCUUACAGGAUCAAUCACCAUGAAAUCUGCAAAAUACCACCCGUUUCUCCGACUUAUCUAGAUGUUAUUGAGACGAGUCAAAGGUUUUCACAAAAUCUGCGCUUGGAUUUCAUUGACUUCGAACAUAAGUGCCAUGAGGAACUCGCACAGAUCGUAGACGAAAGGAAAAAAAUGAGCAAGAAAUACAAAAGGAUGUUGAAAACCAUCACCAAGAAGCCGACUGACGCAAGGUUAAGAACAGAGAAAUUUCUUGCCCAAAUGGAAAGUGCAAAGCCACGGCAAUAUGGAACAACUGUUUAAAGACUUCUAGCCUUAAGAGGUGCGUGGCAACAGCUGAAUUUGAUUCAGUGACAUAUUUGUUAUUAAAUGUACCCCUUUCUUUCAAGUCAAUAAAAAUGAGACAGUGCAACUUU